CAUUGGCUGUAAUACUGAAGCGGCAACGUCACGGGAAGAGCGCACGCGCGGAAGUACGUCAUAACUGUGCGCCAAGGGAAAGGAAUGUAAACAAAAGAGGGUUUGUUGUAGGAACAGCGCAAUCUGUCCAGUCUGAUCAAAAUGGAUUUGGAGGAAUCUCGGCCUAAAGGAGUGUUUGAGUGUGAGCUGUGCAGAUUAUCUGUCCCGUACACGUACUUUGGUCAGAGGCCCCCAAAUUCACAUUCAGUCGUACUCCUGGAGCAAUGUUUCAUUACAAAGGAUCCUUUCACUCCUGACAAAGAGAAGUUUCUGAUUCUUGGCUCUCCCUGUAGUCUCUGUGAGAAAGCUGUCUGCGUUGGCACGGAAUGCAGCCUGUUCUAUUCCAAGCGCUUCUGCCUGCCGUGUGUCCUGCAGCACAGAGACGACUUCCCUCCCGAAAUCCAGCAGGAAGUGGAUAAGAGAAAAGCCCAAAAGAAGUCGUGAGCGAGAUCAGAACCAGUGGAAUGUCAGAACUCGAGAGCUGGGAGGCAAGGGCCACCUGCAGGAAAGCACCUGAAAACUGGUAUUGGCUAACUGAAUCGAUUUUCAAUUGCAAGCUUUCUGGUUCACUUUAAUAGGUAUACAUGAAACUAUUGUACCGAAAGCUUGCACUUUAAAAUCUAUCUAGUCAGCCAAUAUUUUACUUUAAUUGAACUUCUUACCAAAAACUCUCAAUGGUCACGUGCCCCUACGUCUGGGAAAUUGCACUUAAUUCAUUUGCAUGUUCCUGACAUACAGGAGCCCCCUGCACCCCAACUCACCUGCAGUGCAGGUUUCAGCUACAACACAGAAGGCUCAGUGAUUGGUUGAGGCUUAUACCUGCUGACGACCCCUGUGUGUCUGGGGCCAUUACAGUGGGAUCUGAUUGAGAUAUUGAUCGGGUAGUUAAAUGCAAUCAGUGCAACUCAUCUGAUCAAAUAAACAGAUCUGCUAGAUUUGUCCUCCCACAGGCAGAUGUCUGGCACUAUGUCUUAUGAAUUACUGGUUUGUAAUGAAACCUGAUUUGUAUUUUUUUUUAUAAUAAAUAAAUCUGUUCUGUGUCCUAGA